UUCAGCUGAGCCUGGCGCAUGUUGAUGCAUGCGCUAUCAUUGACCAAUAGGGUGUCCCGUUACAAGCAACGUCAACUGGAGCGAGCACCCUUGGUUUGGCAAAAGUCGCAGUGUGUUAUUAACUCGACGACGACUAUCCGAAGACGAUUCGACAGGCCUGCUACUAUUUAAUUUAUUGAAUCGCUUGGAUUGUCAAAGGAGUAACAGGGCCUGCAAAACAACGCGUUGGGCCAGGAGAAUUUUACUACACGAGAAGAAGCCGGCCGCCAUUUUCCCCCUUGCUGUGUCUACUCUGCCAUACACCGUAUCACGCUGACGAUUGUGAUACAAGUGCGCUGCUUAUCUGUAACACGUGCCACUCACCCUUUCCUCGACUCCUCCGUAAGUUGGAGUGGACACGGCGACUUUAAGACAACCAGUCGACUCCGCAUGGUACGAUCUGUUUCGUCAACAUACCCGAAUGAAUUUAGGCCAAAGUCUCUCAGAGUGGGCGAAGGAUAAACCCCUGAGUAUCCUCCAACUCGACCCUGCUGACAGGGCCGUGCUCAAAAUAGCAGAUGAGAGAGAUGCGAUUCAGAAGAAAACUUUUACCAAAUGGAUGAACAAACAUCUUAAAAAGCAUUGGAGAUACGUGGAGACCUACACUUGUUUACACGUCUGCAAUUCAUGCCGAGCCUGUUGUUCUCCUGGUAGAAAGUCGAGUAGGCACGUUGACGACUUAUUCAUCGAUUUACGAGAUGGUCACAACCUUAUUUCAUUACUGGAAGUUCUAUCCGGAGAAUUAUUGCCGAGAGAGAGGGGUCGCAUGCGAUUCCACAUGCUACAAAAUGUUCAAACCGCCUUAGACUUCUUGAAAGGAAGAAAGAUAAAAUUAGUCAACAUCCGACCGGAAGACAUCGUUGAUGGAAAUCCAAAAUUAACUCUCGGAUUAAUUUGGACUAUUAUUUUACACUUUCAGAUAUCCGAUAUCAUUACUGGACAGUCCAAUGAAAAUCUAUCUGCUCGUGAGGUAUUGUUAAGAUGGGCACAACGAACAACUGAUUGUUAUCCUAGUGUUAAAGUCACAGAUUUUACAACCAGUUGGAAAGAUGGUUUAGCAUUUAAUGCAAUUAUUCAUAGAAACAGGCCAGAGUUAAUAGAAUUCAGAUCACUUCAAGGCAAAUCUCCCAGAGAGAAUCUUGAAUUAGCUUUUUCUAUUGCUGAAAAAGAAUUUGGUGUUACGAGGCUUCUUGAUCCUGAAGAUGUUGACACUCCAGAACCAGAUGAAAAAUCUCUCAUCACAUAUAUAUCUUCCCUAUAUGAUAUUUUUUCAGAACCACCACCUCUUAAUCCAUAUGCGGAUGAAGAAAAAUUUCAUAAGAUAACAGAAUAUAAAGAAAUGGCAAAUGUUUUGUACAUUUGGAUACAAGAAUCUACAAUAAUGCUCCAGAAUCGCAAUUUUCCAAAUUCACUCAUGGAUAUGAAGGCAUUACUUUCAGAAUGUAGUAGGUUUCGGUCAGAAGAUGUUCCUCCGAAAUUACGUGAUAAGCAACGCAUUGGACACUUGCAUCGUGAAAUACAGAAAAUAUUUAAAGAAAUUCAUUCAAUACAAAUUGAAGAUUCAUUAAAAUUUGAUAAUAUUGAACAUUUAUGGAAUAAAAUGAUUAUUGCACAUCAAGAGCGAGAUCAAGCAAUUCGUGCAGAAAUUACUAGGUUAGAAAAAUUACAACGUCUUUCAGAAAAAAUUCAACGUGAUAUUAAAAAAUGUCAAACUAAAUUAAAUGAAGUUGAGAAAAGGAUUCCUGAGGAAGAGAAAAAACUUAAUCGUUUACAUCCUAUGGAUGCUAAAAACUUAUGUGAUCACAUUGAAGCUGAACUAAAAAUAUUAGAAGAAAAUAUGAAAUCCAUAUUAAAAGAUGUAAAAACUCUUUUUGAGAAUGACCAUCCUCAAGCUCCUGAACUUCAACAGAGAACACAAGAAUUACAUGAACAGUGGGUUAGUAUUCGUCUUAUUUUCCAAACGCAGCUACUCCAGCCUUUAUCCACACGUUCCUUUAAAGUAGAAGAACGUAAAAUUACCAAACAAAGACAUGUUGUUUCAGAACAAAGAGUGGUUGAAACAACGAAAUCUCUUCAAAUUCUUCAAGAUACUGUUGAUGUAAUGAACAGCAAAUUGGUAAUUAUUUUUUUCUGUUAUAAAUUGACAGUUAUUUUAACAUUAACUAAACAAUUGAUAAGUCAAAUAUACGUGCUUCAUUUGUCUAUAGAUGUUUUAACAACUGAACUUGAAAAACGGGAAUUACAAUUUAAUGAUAUACAGAGGAAAGGAGAAACAUUACUUGCACAAGAUCAUCAAGCUUCCAAAACUAUUAAGAUUGUAUAUGAGAGAAGAUUAGUUGAAAUGACAUCACUUUUGGAAUUUGCACAAUUAGUAAACAAUGAACUGAAAUGGAUUAGCGAAAAGGAAAAAACUGAAAUUAAUAGAGAUUGGUCUGCUAAAAAUCUAAAUAUUGUACAAACAGAACAGCAUUUAGAGGUUUUAACAACUGAACUUGAAAAACGGGAAUUACAAUUUAAUGAUAUACAGAGGAAAGGAGAAACAUUACUUGCACAAGAUCAUCAAGCUUCCAAAACUAUUAAGACAUUCCUAACAACUCUACAAACUCAAUGGUCAUGGUUGUUACAGUUGUUAGUUUGCUUAGAAAGCCAUUUGAAAUAUACUUCGGCAUAUCAUCAGUUUAUGAAAGAAGCACAAGAAUGUGAUCAGUGGUUAAAAAGAACAGAAAAUAAGCUGAAUAGCACAUAUAGCAAACAAAAUUUUUCAAUAGAUGAAGGUGAACGUCUGCUUAAAGAAAUGCAACAAUUAAGAACUGACCUACAACAUUACGGAGAUAUUAUUACUUCACUCAUUAACAGAAGUAGUACAAUUGUGCCAUUAAAGCAACGAAAUCAGUCGAUAACAUCACCUACAACAGUGAUUGCAGUUUGCAGUUAUAAACAACAAAAUAUAAAUAUUACACAAGAUGAAAGGUUCCAAUUAUUAGAUAAUAGUCGAAAAACAAAAUGGAAGGUUAGAAAUUCUUCUGGUGUCGAAGGAUUGGUUCCAUCUGUUUGUUUUGUUAUACCACCACCAAAUAUUGAAGCCAUAAAUUUAGCAGAAAAUUUGCAGAAACAAUAUAUAUCAAUAGUUAAUUUGGGAACCAUCAAGCAACAAAAACUUCGUCAGCAUUUAAUAUUUGCUACCAUCAAAGUCGUCAAGUCGUGGACUGUUACUCAAUUUCGUAACAUGGAAAUCAGUCAAAGAGAAUCCAUUCUUAAAGCCCUUAACGAAGAUGCACAAAUAUUACUUUCUGAAGGUUCACAAGAUGAUCCCAAUUUGAAACGUCUUCAAGAAGAAAUGAAGAGCUGCAAUAAAAUAAUUGAAGAUUUACAACAGAAGGUCACUUCAGAAGAAUAUGACAAGCCAUCAAAGAAAGGAAGUCAAAAACUACCAGAGAUGCAAGCUACAUUGCUUUCAAAAAUUACUGAAAAAGAAAAACUCUUAAAAUCUAAACUGCAAGCCCCAAUUCCAUGCAAUCUAGAUAAUUUGGAGAAUCUUGUUAUUCAGCAUAAGGAAUUUGAAACAUCAUUAAGAAAUUUAGAACAAGAAAUAUCAGAAAUGAAGCAUAUUUAUGCUUCUCUUAAUAGGAAGACUCCAACAUUACAAACAAAACAUGACAAUAUUAUUCAAAUAUGGGAGAAUAUAUGGUCCAUGUCUAAUCAAUAUGUUGAAAGAUUAAAACUUGUGGAAAUAGUUUUACAUGGUUUUGAAGAGACGACACAAAUAAUAUCGAGUUUUGAAAUUCAGUUAGCUUCCCACGAUAAUUUGCCUUCGGAAAUUGAUUCUUUGCAGAAAAUUCAUUCUCAGAUUUUGUCCAUGCAAUCUGACAUGCAGAAUAGUCAAUAUACAGUUGAUCGACUUAAUGAAGAUAUCAACACCCUUAAACAACUAGUUCAGAAAACUCGAAUCAAACAGACGAGCAACACAGAUAUUAACAAACUAAUUAAUGAUAUCCAUAAAAUUACAGAAAGGUGGAAUAAUGCCAGUUCACAAGUGGUGGAAAGGAUGAGAAGUUGUGAAGCAUCAUCAGAAUUAUUAAGAACUUAUAAGAAUAAAUUAGAAAAUGAAAAUUCUUGGAUUAUAGAUACAAGACAGAAAAUUAAUAGUCUCAGAAGUGUAAAUUCAGUUUCUGGAAAAGAUGCUGAAAAAGAAUUAGAUUCUGCAUUAAAUAUUUAUACAUCUCUCGCAAAUAAAAAACCAUCUCUGGAAAAUACAAAUAUCGUGGGUGGUAGAUUUAUUAGAGAGGCUAAGAUAUAUGAUUUACGUCUGAAGCACUAUAAAGAUAGUUUAGAAGAAGUACAUCCAAGUCUUGAUGCUAGUUUAUCCAAGAAAGCAAAACUUACAUCUGGUGCUAAUAAUGUCAGUCAAGAAUUGGACAAUUUAAAUCAACAAUAUAAGGAUUUAGUAAAUGCAAUACUAGAUUAUAUCAAUGGAUUAAAAGAUGUUCUUACAAGACAUGGGAGCAAGGUUUCAGUUACAAUUACCAAAACAGUUCCUCUUACUUUGAAGACAUUCCAUCAUGUUCUAGAACAAACAAUUUCCCCAGAACCAAUGGAAGUAGAUAAUGUAAAUAUUCCAAUAUCGGAUAUUGUAAUGGCAGAACAGCAAUCAGUAACUGACUCUAAAUAUGAACAAAUGCCUUCUCAAGAAUCAUCGCUAGUUGAAAAAUACACUACUUCUUCAGUUGUAGUAAAAGAAUUUAAAGCAGUUAAAAGUACUAGAAAAUCAGAUGAUAGUUUUAUAAAUACAAAAGGCAUUUUGAAUACAAAAACAGGAGAAAUGUUACCUUUAAGUGAUGCAAUUGAUGAAGGAAUUAUAAAUUUGGAAAAAAGGCAAUACAUCGAUCCAAGAACUGGUAAAGAAAUGGAUUUCAAAGAAGCAGCUAAUAAGAAUUACAUUGAUAAAAAGUUUUCAUCACAGUUAUUAUCAUUAUGUGGAAUAAUAAAUCCCAAAACCAAAACUGAAAUUACAUUAAUUGAAGCCAUUUAUUAUAAUAUAUAUGAUGUAGAUAAAGGCGUAUUUUUAAAUCCAGAUAAUGGCAAUAUAAUUACUUUAGAUGAAGCUAUUUCUCUUGGAAUAGUCCAAAAAGAUAAAAUAAAUUAUUUAAGUGAAUUGAGAGUAAUCAAAAUAACUGAUUUAACAAUUAUAGAAGCAGUAGAUGAAGGUCUUUUAGAUGAGAAAACAGGACUUUUCAAAGAUCCAAUCUCACAAAAAGUAAUGACUUUGCCAGAAGCAUUUAAUAAAGGUUUGCUAAGAGUACCAUCAUCUGAUGAAAGAAAAACUGGAUAUUUAAUUUCGGAAUUCAUAGAUAAUGGUAUGAUUGACGAAUAUUCAGGACAAAUAAUAGAUGAAGAUUCUGGAGAAAAGAUCACAAUUGAUGAAGCUCUUUCCCAAAACCUUAUUCGAGCUGAUGUAAGAGAGGUAAUGAAUACCGAAACAGGAGAACUUGUAACCAUACCUGAAGCAAUUUCUUUAGGAAUAAUAAACAUUCAAACAGGACGGUUUAUAGAUAAGAAAACCAUGACAAAAAUGACAUUAAUUGAAGCCAGAAAGAAAAACCUUAUAUUUUCUCCUUUAAAUUUAAAGACUGCUUAUGAGCAGAAUCUUUUAGAUACAAAUGGAAAAAUUAUUGAUCCAUUUACAGGUAGAAAAUUAACAGUUUUAGAAGCAGUAACAAGAGGAUUACUUAAUUCAGAAAUGAAAUGCAUCAUCUUAUCUAAAACGGGUGAAUUAGUUACAUUACCAGAGGCAUUUUCAAAAGGAAUUUUAACUCCAGAAGGAAUUUUUACAGAUACAAAUACUGGAGAAACAAUGACACUCCAUGAGUGUGCAAAUAAAGGUUUAGUUGCUUCAGUUAAAUAUCAGUCAAUAUUUGACAUUGAAGGAAUUUUGAUUCCUUCAUCUGGUGAACAAGUAAGUUUUAAUACAGCAGUUUCUAAAGGAAUAAUAAAUACCAACACGGGAAAAUUCAAAAAAAGUCCUCACAAAUAUAUUACAUUAGAAGAAGCUUUGAAAGAAAAGUUGAUACAACCUCAAAUUUAUAACAUGUUAACUAAAGAUGUUGAAAUAAAAGACGAAAAAGGAAAUAAAUUGAAUGUCAUUAGAGCAGUUACAAAAGGAAUUCUGGAUCAUAAAACAGGUAAAUUACGAGAACCUCGCACAAAGAAACCACUUACACUGAAAGAUGCAAUUGAAAAAGGAGUGAUAACUCCUCAAGGUGCAGCUCAUUUAAAAGCUCUCUUAAACAUUGUGGUAACGACAGCUGUUGUUACAAAAACAGUAACUAAAGUUAUACCUUCUGAUCAAGAAAUAGAUUCAGAAGUAAAAAUAACUUUUCAAGAUGCAAUGAAAGAAGGUUUGAUUAAUGAAACAGAAGGCACAUUUAAAAAUCCAAUAACUGGUGAAAUAUUACCUUUGGAAGAAGCAAUCAAUACAGGUUUAUUAGGACUGACUUCUCAAUGGCCAGUAACCUCAGAAGAUACAGUUUCUUUCACACAAUCAACAACAACAGUUGUUUCUGAAUCACAAACAAAGAAAGAAACUGAAAAAUCCCCUGUACUUAAGAAAAAACCAACUCAGAAAGAUAUACCUUCAGAAAAGUCUAAGUUACCAAAAUCCAUUGAUAAAAAAGUUCCAGAAACCACAGUAGUCCAUUCAUCAAAAGACACAUUCGUUACUAACAUUCAACCAAAACCAUGCAUUGAUGAAAAAGAUUUUACUUCUACUAUAUCUACUGAAACACAAUUCAUAACCGAGGUUGAAAAUAAUAAAAACCUUUUAAUACAAACAAAAGAAACUACAAUAAGCAGUCAACCUAAAGAAUUAAAAAGCCCUGUUUCUGGUAUUCCUAGUAAAAUUCCAGGCAAAGAGAAACCUGCUGCAAAAUCUCCAAGUUCUAGAAAAUUGCCAGAUACUUCAACUAAUGCAGAGAAGAUUCCAGAAACUGUAACUGAGAAGAAGCCUUCAAAGGUUCCAGUAAGUAAAACAUCUGAACCUUCAACUGUUGAUAAUUUUCAACCAAAACAAACAGCUGGAGUAAUAACCAAUGAUGUAAUUAAUGAAGUAACUAAAAAAGAAACUUUAGAAAGCACUAAAGAAGUUUUAUCAGAAAAGUUUAUUCGAGAAAUACCACAAACCAUAAGUGAUAGUAUUGUACAGUCUGAAGAGGAAAUAAAACUAUCAGAAUCGCCAACCCAAAUAAAAAAAUUACCCGAGACUAUUCCAAAAGAAGGAAAGCCACAAGAAGUUGAUAAACCGAUUCAACCAUCGAAAUCUAAUAUACCAAAAUCUCAGAAAAGCACUUCACCGGUGCGAGAAAUGCUACAACCUUCUAAAAUAAAAUCAAAUGCCGAGGAAAAAGAACCUUUGAAACAGCCAAAAUCAAUACAGAAGCCCUCGGCAAGACCAGGUUCACCUAAAAAGGAACAAAUUAUAACAAGUGAGCAGGAAUAUUUUGAAAAAGUAACAGAUAAAAAAACUAUAAAACAGAUUGAUAUUGGAGAUGUUGAUUCUGUCAUUACUCAACAAACUAAUGUGUUAGAACUUCCUGCAGAUGGCUGGUCAUUAAAAGAAGCUAUUGCUCAAAAUUUAUUUGACAGUACCUCUGGAUUAUUCACCAUUCCAGGUACUGACAGACUCGUUUCAUUUGAAGAAACAAUUAAAAUGGGUAUCAUCAAUCCAAAAUCGGCAUCUGUAGUAGAACCAGGUUCUAAGAGAACCAUUACAUUAUUAAGAUCAUUAGAAAAAGGAAUCUUAGAUUCUACGGGACAUUACCAUGAUAAUAAGAGAUCAAGAACAGUUACUCUUAAUGAUGCAAUUAAAGAAAAACUUAUUAAAUUUGAAGAUGAAGAAAUUCAAAGUGAACCUUAUAAAAAAGGUACUAAAAUAAUUAAAAUUGAAUCUAAUAUCGAUAAUUUACAGAUGAAAGAAAUUCAACCGAGACAGACAAUUAUCACAACUUCUACUCCAGAAUUUAAAAAAAGUGAAAUAAUUAUUAAUGAAACUUAUGAAUUUGUUGAAAUUAGUCCGAACAUUUAUUUUGAUAAAAAACAUGGAAUAAUUCUUAAAAAAGAUACAAAUGAAAAAAUAAAACUUUCGACAGCUAUUAAAAAUAAUAUUAUAGAUAUAAAACUUUUUAAAGUGAAAGAUGUAACAAAAGAUGAUAUGAUUAGUCUAAAUGAUGGAGUUAAGAGAGGUUUUGUUAAUAUUCAGAAAGGAACAUUUACCAAUACUAAAACAAAAAAACAGAUGUCGCUGGAAGAUGCUGCAAAAAUAGAUUAUUUAAUUUGUGAAGGACUGAUAACAACAAUAAGUCAAGAUUAUGAAACUCCUCAAGUAUUCCAAUCAAUCACAAAACAAUCAACCGUUCAAACCCCAAUUGUUCAAACCGAAAUAAGAGAAACAACAGUAAUUUAUAUUAACGAUCCUAGAACCGGUGAGAAACUCACUCUUGACGAUGCUGUUAAAAAAGGAAUAAUUAAGGCUGAAAUGGCUAAAAAAUUGCAAGAAUCGCAGGAUUUACCUACAACUUUGAAAGAGGAGGAUGUAGUUAAUGGUGUUUCAACAAUUGAAAUAGAAAAAUCAAGCAAAUCACCCAAAAGUCAAAGGAAAGUUAUUUCAGAACCACGCUUUGAAGUAACAUUUGGAAAGGCUACCACUUUGCAGUCUCCGGAUAAAGAACAAGUUGUGUUGCAAAAAGUCAGAAGAAGGGCGAUAUCACCAAAAACUGCAGUUAAUGAAGGUUUGAUCGAUCAACCGACGGUUGAAAUAAUAAACAGUAUUGAAUCUAUGAGAAAUGAAAAUAAUGAGCCAAUUACAUUAGAUGAGGCCCUUAAAAAACAAUUUAUUAAUGGUAAUGAAGGUGUGUUGAUAGAUCCAAGAAAAGGAGAAAAACUAACAAUUAAGGAAGCGGUGAACAGUGGAUUACUUGAUCCCGAAUCAUCGAAGUUACUAAUUCCAAUUGGUCGAUCCUUGAGUCUUUCUGAAGUAGUCUCACAAGGUUUAGUUAUACCAUCAGAAAAGAGGAUUAUACAUCCCGAAACUGGUGAUUUGCUCACUCUUCAAGAUGCUAUUACUUGUGAUAUAGUCAAUCCUGUUUCAACAGUACGCUCGCCUACAAUGAAAAAGCCACUGACUUUAGAAGAAGCAAUUAAAAGAAAAAUAGUAGAUGACAUAACAGGUGAUGUUCAGUUUGAGAAUAAAAAGAUAAAUAUUGUUGAAGCAGCACAAAAUCUUAAACUUUUCGAUAAGUCAUCUAAUGCCGAUAAAUGUUCUCUUCCAAUGUUAGCAAUAACCUUCCCAGUAGCGUUGCGUCAUAAUUUAAUUGAUGUCGAGAAAAAAGAAUUUAUUCAUCCUGUUACUGGUACUAGAACUCCAGUGGACAAUUCAAUAGAUAAAGGACUUAUUAUGACAUUGCCAUUUUCUCCAAGUUCUGACAGCAUUAAUGUUACGGAAGCAAUGGAUAAAAAACUCAUUGAUUCAGAAAAAUGUGUCAUGAAACAUCCAAACUUUGAAAAAGAAAUUCCAAUUUUUGAAGCUGUUGAAUCUGGAAUUUUACAAAUGACAGAUUUUAAUGUUCCAGAAACACCAGAAUUAGUAACUAAUUUAACCACUACUACAUGCCACACAGUUAUAGAAUCACAGACUAUUAAAACUAGUCCUGGCUUUACAAUGUGUGGACCCAAUCAAGUCGUUAAUACUGAAACUGGAGAAGUUAUGACAGUAGAAGAAGCAAAUAAAAAAGGAAUUAUUAAAAUUGAAACAGAAACUCGAAGAGUGACUUCUCCACUUUCAUUUUCGGAAGCUUUGGAAAGAGGGUUCAUUGAUUUAGACGACUGCACUUACACUGAUGUAAUAAAUGGUCGAAUCAUUCCAAUUUCACAAGCUAUAUCUGAAGAAUUAAUAGUUCCUAAAAAAGAAGUGCAAACAGAAGAUAUAGAAAAAUACACCAUUUCUCAACUCAUUGACUUAUUGUAUGAUGAAAAUUCAGGUAAAUUUAGGGAACCGAAAACAAAUAAGUUAUUAACUUUAGAAGAGCUGUUAAAGAAAGAUUUAAUUGAUUUAGAUAGUGUAAUUUAUGAUGUUCAGAGUGGAAAAUCUUUAACAACAAAACAAGCUAUCGAUAGCGGAAAAUUAGAUAUAAAGCACGGGAAUGUAUUAGAAUCCGAUUCGGGUAAUAAAAUUCCUUUAAAAAAUGCUUUUAAAUUGGGAAUAAUAGCUGUAAUAGGAGCUCCUUUAUUAGCUGGAGCUGUUGUUGCAGGUUCUUUAAAGAAUAUAAUCCAAAAUAAAAAUUCUAAACCAGAUUUAUCUCAUAAAAUACCAUUUUCUACUUCAAAGCAUUCGACAUCAUCACAAGAAACUAGAAAGAUAAUAUCAACUCAAACUGUUCAACAGAAAGGUGAAGUUCAAACAACAAGAAAAACUAGUUCUGAAGUUCAGGUAACAAGAAAGAUUAGUUCAGAAGACAGAAGUAAAUCUCCUGAAAAAGAAUUAUCACCCGAAAGAAGAGAGACCCAUAAAGAAAAGCCAAUACAAGAUAAGAAGAAAAGACCAGAUAAUCUUCCUAAGGAGAAAAAACCAAGCCCAGAUGAAAAAAGACUACCUUCUCCAACAAAAGAACAAGAAGACAGAAAACAACCUGACUCUGUUAAGAUAAGAAAGAAAGAAGUUGUUGUGGAGAGAAAGAUAAUCCAUGAUAAGAUAGAAGAUGAAGAUAAACAAGUGAAGAAGUCACCUGAAAGAACUCCUCAAAGACAUUCUCCAGAAAGAGAGAUACCAAGAAAGAAACCAAGCAGUCCGUCUAAAGAAAUAUCUAAACCUAAAGAUGAUGAUAUUUCUUUUGAUUAUGAAUCAAAUAAAAUAUCAUCUCCAACCAGGAAAACUACAAGGGAAGUUCAUACGACAGUAAUAACAGAAAGAACUAGCUCCGAUCUUGAUCAGAGAAAAUCACAAAGUCCAGUGAGACCUGAUACACUUUUUACAGAAACUGAUAAAGAUUUUUCCAGGAUAAUUACAACUGAUAAAUCAAUAAAAGGCAAAUCUGUUGAAACUAAAGAAAUAGGAUUUCCCAAGAAGGACUCUCCUAUGCAAACUAAACCAGAAGUUAGUAAAUUUGAAUCUACUGAUGUAAAUGUAAUAGACAGAAAAGAAACUGUUGUGAGAACACAGAAACAUAUAACAACUGAAAAAUCACCAACCAGAGAAUACACAUUACCAAGUGAAACUGUGAUCAAAUCUACUGUGGAAAAAGUUGAAAUUUCAGGAAAAAGAACAAGUCCAACCAAAGAGAUUGAAAGCAGAAGAUCAACAAGUCCAAUAAAAGAAACUGAAAAGCCAAAAGUUAAACAUGAAACUGAUCAGAGAAAAGUUGUGGUUGAAGAGCACGUAACUAUAAUUGAUAAAAAGACAAAGGAAAGAAGUGAUACAUCUCCUAAACGAGAAAUAAGAAAAACUGUGACAAUAGAAACAUCUGAUAAAAGUGAACCUUUCACAGUGAAAAAAGAAAAAGCUGAGUACAUUUUUGAAAAAGGAUCACAAGAAGAAAAGCCAAAAAGUCCCACAAAACCAUCUCCUGAGACUUCACCUACUAGAAUAAAAGAACCGAAGAAGAUAGAUGAAGUUAGUAAGACAGUAGAGAAAGAAACUUACAAAGGUAAACCUAAACCAACAAAAACUGAAAAAUCUCCUGAACGACCAGUUUCUUUAACAAAAGAGGUUACAAAAACUGAAAAAUCUCCUGAACGUCCAGUUUCUUUAACAAAAGGGUUUACAAAACCUGAAGAUUUCACUCAGACAUCAAAAAAAGAAAUUACUACAAAAGAUCAUGAAAUAAGAAGUGUAACUAAAGAGACAUCAAAAAUUGAAACAAAACAAGUAAUAGAAAAGGGGGUAAAAACUCCAACAGAUAAAAAAGGGGCAUCACCAGAUUUGCCUAAAAAAAAAUCACUUCAAGAAAUUCCAAAAUCUCCAGUGAAAGAAUAUCCUGAGAAACCUAGUUCUAAAUCUCCAGUACGAGACUAUCCCGAGAAGACUGGUCCUAAAUCUCCAGUGAAAGAAUAUCCUGAGAAACCUAGUUCUAAAUCUCCAGUACGAGACUAUCCAGAGAAGACUGUAUCUAAAUCUCCGGUGAAAGAAUAUCCCGAGAAGCCUAGUUCUAAAUCUCCAGUACGAGAAUACCCUGAGAAGACUGGUCCUAAAUCUCCAGUGAAAGAAUAUCCUGAGAAACCUAGUUCUAAAUCUCCAGUACGAGACUAUCCCGAGAAGACUGGUCCUAAAUCUCCAGUGAAAGAAUAUCCUGAGAAACCUAGUUCUAAAUCUCCAGUACGAGACUAUCCAGAGAAGACUGUAUCUAAAUCUCCGGUGAAAGAAUAUCCCGAGAAGCCUAGUUCUAAAUCUCCAGUACGAGAAUACCCUGAGAAGACUGGUCCUAAAUCUCCAGUGAAAGAAUAUCCUGAGAAGACUAGUCCUACAUCAAAAGGAAAAACAGUGUCACCAACAAGAAAAUCACCAGAAAAAUCUGCUAGUAAAGAAAUAGAUCUUAUUUCAAGACAAAAACCAUCUAUGAAUGGAGAAUCGACUAUAAUACAAUCGGUGACUGUUUCCCAAGGUCCGACAGUAUUUACAUCUACAACAUCCACAAAAAAAUCAGCCACUGUCGAAAGGUCUGGUCUUAAAGAAGUGGUAGGCAUUCCAGGAAAAGAAGAUAAAAUACCUUACACAGAUGGCGAUCGUGAUAAAUGGCAAGUAAUACCACAACAACAGACUGUUACUACAAGCACUACUACAGUUCCUGGUCCAGCUUUGACCAAGAAAGAGUUUAAUGUGACGAGGAGAGAGGUAAUCGUCACUGAAACAUAUACUGAAUACAGAAAAGAAUACGACAUUUCUCAGGUUUUAGGAAAAUGCGUUCCUUUAAAUAAACUCAUUGAACAUAAUGUUAUAAAUCCUGAGACAUGUGAAUUUAUAAUUCCAAGAACAAAUAAAAAAUAUAAACUUCAAGAAGCAUUAUCCAGAAAUAUUGUGUCUUCAGACACAAUUGUUAAAGUAAUUAGUGAUAAAGAAAUUUCACUUGCAGAGGUAAGUGAAUAUUUUUCUAUUGAUGAUAAAUUCACUUUUUCUUAUGCAAUUGAUAAAUUUUAUGAUACAAAUAAAAAAUGUUUUUUAAAUCCAAACACUUAUGAAUUAGUAUCGUUUAUAGAUUUUAUAAAUUUGGGGCUCGUUAAGGUGGAUAAUGUUAGAGUUAAAGAUUUUCAGUAUGACAGGUUUUUACCCUUGGAAGAUGCUCUGCCAAAGCAAUUAUUAAAUAAAGAGACUGGAGAAUUAAUUGAUAAUGUGACCGGACAAUCAUUAUCACUCCCAGAUGCAAUUAAAAAUAAUUACAUUGUAACCAUCACUCAGGAUGAAUAUGAAAGAGAAGAAUACAUUUCAACAGAUCUGCAGAAAAUUCUUAAUAAUGUGUUGAAUUUAAAAGGCAAACUUGUUUUUGAAGACUCUAUAUCUGUAUAUCACCCUAAAGAAAAUAUUUUUAUCCCAAUCACAGAAGCAUUAGAUUUGGGUUUAGUGGAUUUGCAGAAUAAAAAAUACAAUAAUUCUUCAACAAAUGAAGAGUUAUCAUUAAAUGAAGCCUUUCAGAAUGGUUUUAUCUUCAUUUCUUAUCAGCCUCUUGCUCUUGAUGUUAUCACUUCUACAGAACUUUUUGAUGCUUCGUCAAAUGUCCUAUUUGAUCCUAUAACUAAAGAAAAAAUAACAAUUUCUGAAUCUGUUAAUAAGAAUAUUAUUGAUGGCUUCAUAACUAAAAUUCAAAAUACAAAAAUGAAGUCCAGCAUUGCCUUAAAUGAAGCAAUAAAUGAUUUAUCGCUAGUCGAAAGUAAUCGUGUAAAUGAUACAUUAAAUAAUAGUUUUCUAAAUCUGGAAGAUGCAAUAAAAGAAGGAAUAGUAUUUUCAACAAGAGAGAAAAUACCUUUAAUUACUGCCAUUGAAAAUGGGCUUUAUAAUCCACAAAUAAAAAACUUUUAUGAUUCUUACAAUAGGGAAUAUAUUUCUUUUGAUAGGGCAAUUCAUGAAGGUUUACUUGAUAUUGAAAACAUAAAAGUGAAAGAUGUUGAAAAUGAUAAAAUUUUAUCUAUAAACGAAGCAUUAGAUAAGAAUAUCAUUUCUGCUGACUCAGCAGAAAUAAUGAAACCAUAUUCGAUUCCUUUAACAUUAGCUGUGAGUAAAAAGUACAUUUACAGUGAUGUAAUUCUGCCUCAAGUAGAUUAUGAAGAAGUAAAAAUACCAUUAGAACAGUUAGAUACAUUAAAAACAAGUGAAAUUUCUGAUAAAAUGGUUUCAAAAACCAUAGACUCUGAUAAAAUAACCAAACCUACAGAAGAAACUAUAAUUAAAACUAUUCCCAUUGGUCAAGAAUUUUUGCAGGGAGAUUUAUCAAAACAGAUUCUCCCAGAACAGGAUAGCUAUGGUGUGCAGGCAACUGAAGAAAGCUUAUCAGAUGUAAUGAUGAAUGAAUUGUUCACUAAAAAGUCUAAGGAAAAAUUACAAACUGCUCAACCAAUUGAAGCAAAACUGAAAGAAAAAUUUCCUAGUAAAAAAGUGGAAGAAUCUAUAAAGGAUAAAGAUAUACAGUUGUCUGAUAAGAUAACUGAACAGAAACCUACAGAUGUAUUUUAUGCAAAUGAACUUUCUUCAGAUCUGAUUAAAACAGAGGAGCCAACAGAAAUUAAAUCUGCAAUUUCAAAACAAGAUAUUUCUGAGAAGGAACAUGUGAAGAAUUUAACUGCUGCUGAUGAUGAAGAAACUCCGAUAAAAGAUGAAACUGUAAUAAAAGAUGAAAUUAUAUGUGCUGAUGAACUUAAAAAAACUCCUGUCGAUGAAAUAAUUUCUGAAGAUCAGAUGGUUAAAGAUACAGAAAAAAUUCCCAUUCAUCUUAACAAAGUUAAAAAAGAUGUUGCCAAUGAAUGUAAAAUAAUUUCCGAGACAACCAAAGAACAUCAUGCAGAAAGUAAAGAUAAGGUAGGACUGGUGACUUCUGCUCAAACAGUUACAGAUAUUCCUGAAAAUAUUCUAGAUAUUGAGUUUAAUAAAACAAAAGAUUCAAUUAAAAUAUCACCUUCAAAACAGAUUCCAACUGAUAAGACUUUUGAAGAGAAACCAAUAAAAGAUAUACAUGUGAAAGAUGACAAACCAGUGAAACAACCUUCGGAUGAAGAUUCUAAAGAAAUCACAGUUAAGAUUGAACCUACAGAGAGUUUUAAAAAAAUUCCCAAUUAUCAAAUCUCUCAGAAAGACCUUACAAUUGAUCUAUUUCCUGAAAGUAGUACCAAACCUUGUCAAGAAGUUGAAUCAGAAAAAAUUACUCUCUCCAAACAAAAAUUAACAGAAAUAAAUGACAAAGAGCCAGCUGUUCAAGUAUCGAAACAAGAAUUUGAAAAAGUUGAAGAGAUGCAGACCAAUCAGAUUCCUAAAGAAAAAUUAACAAAGGAUUUACCCUUUCAAGAAAUUGGAUCAGUCACACAGAUAACUGAAAUAAUUGAACCAAGCUUGAUGGACAGCAUUCCUAAUAGUGAUAUUUCUGACAAAACAAAUUUAAAAGAAGUAUUAGGUGAAAAUAUAGAAUCGGUCAAUCAAACAGCCAAAAAAAUGCUUACAGAAGAAUUACCUUCCAACAUGGAUAUUACUGAGCAAAAGGAUAAAAUAACUAAAAGAUUGAAUGAAGGUGAUAUUAAAGAUAAGAAAAUUAAACCAGUCCAGAUAAUUAAAGAAGAAUCCACAAAAGAAAUAAUUCCUGAAAGUAAAAUACGAGAUAUCCAUGAAAAGAUAGAAUCUUUAGAAACAUUGUGUGUUGAAACAGAAGGAAAAACAGAGGAAAUUACCAAAGAUAAAACACCAAUUAAUGAAAAAGAUAAAUCAGUGGAAAUGAUUAUGCCUCUUUCUGAAGAUGCUUCUAAGCAGGAACCUAAAAAAAAAUUAACAUUUAAAGAUGAAUCAAUAACUAAUGAAGAAUUAGAAGGUAAAGAAUUACUGAUUUCUCCCAAAGUGAUGCCAAAGGACAAAACAGUCAUCAUCAAAGAUAAAUCAGUUGAUCAACUAAUUGAACCACUGGAAACUGUGACACCUACUGAUCAAAUUUCUAAAGAAAAGUCAAUAGAAGAAAUUGCAUGCAAAAUUGAGAUGAAAAGUGAUCAAAUAGCAGAGAAGGAACAUACAGAAAAAAUUCCCAAAAAAGAGAUUUCAAAGAUUGAAAUUACAGGUGAGCCUAUUAAAUAUGAUGAACUUCUUGAUCAAACAGUUAAAAUAACAGAAAUAAUAUCUCCAGUUGCUAAAGUUCAUAAAACUGAAGUCGGAGUGUCUAAAGAUGAAAUUCAAACUGGUCAAAUAACUGAACCCAAAAGAGAAUUACAUACUGAAGACAUUUCAGUGGAAAAAAUAACACCAGCAGAUAUUAAAGACAGUAGGCCAAUAGAACAAAUGGUAAAUUUGGAGAAAAUAUCACCUCUUGGUGAUAGUAAAAUGCAAAAGCCUAUAGAAAAAACAGCACCAAAAGAAGUAAUAACAGAUCAAAUUCCUCUCACUGACUCUAUUAAGCAGAUUUUUCCUGAAGAUAAGAAAAAACCUGAUCAAGUUGAUAAGAAAGAUCAAACGGAUAUAUUACUCAGUAAGGAAAUAUUAAAAGAAAGUGCAAUAACAGAUGAUGUAGUCACACAUGAAAUGCCUGUACAGACAACCGAAAUAAUGGAAAUACAAUCACCGACAACAGACAAAUCAGAAUUUAUAAAAGUCUCCAAAGAUGCAAUCCAAAGUAAUAAGAUGGAAGAAAUAACAGAUGAAGAAUGUAGCAUGCCAAAAGAUCAAAUGAUUAAACCAACAGAAAUGUUUCCGUCUCACGAUACCAUCUGUAAACAAGAACCCACGACAGAAAAAGUAUUCAAAGACAGUAUAUUAAUUGAUCAGAAAGUCGAAUUAGAAAUUCCCUCAGAACAGAUUUCAAAGAAACAGAUGAUAAAUGCUAUCCCAGAUAAAAAAUCAACUGAUCAAAUAACCAAACCAAUAAAAGUGCCAUAUACUUCUGAAUAUAGUGGCAAAGAAGAGCCUAGAAAAGAAAUGAUUCCCAAAGAUGGAAUUUCUACUAAUCAAAUAACUCAAAAACAGCCUAUAGAGAAAUUACCAAUUGGAGAAAGUGAGAAAAUUAAUAAAGAAAUAAUGCCAAAAGAACAUGUUGAAAGUAAGCAAAUUGAAAUUCAGACUGAUCAGGUUAUUGAAGAAAAACAAAAAGAUGAUAUUAAAGACACUAAGCCAAUUGAGCCAAUAGAUGAAACAGGCGAUAUUUCAUCCAUUGAUCACUUUGAUGAAACAAGAAAUAAUCAAAUUGAUAAAAAGGAACUCAUCAAAAAGCCUACUUCUAAAGACGGUAAGCAAAUUGAACAGAUUACUAAAGAUUAUGCAGAAAUAAUACCUGUUAAAGAGAUCUCAAAAGAAAUAGAAGUAACAGAAAAAGUUACUGUAAAUACUGUUCAAAUUGAUGAAACAAUACAAAAGCCUUUUGAACCUAUUUAUGAAGAAAAAUCCAAAACAUAUUUUGAAGCUAAAACAACAGAUGAUCAAAUAUCUGACACUACAAAAAUAUUACCUACUAAGGAUAUUUCAAAGGAAGUAAAAGUGAAAGAGACUAAUCAAUUACUAGAGUCAACUACAAUAUCUCCCAGUGAUCAGAUUUCUGAACAAGAAUCUUCAAAAGUAAUACCCAUUGAAGAAAAUUCAUAUAUUGAUGAAAAUAUUAAAUUAAAAUCUAAUGAGGAAAAAUUGAAAAAUGAUGAGGAAACUGACAGAAAAGAUCAGUUAAUUAUUAAAGAAAUUUCUCCCAAUGAAGGUUUAAAGGAAUCAUUUCUUAAAGGAGAAAUUGCUGAGGAUAGAACUAAAGUAUUUGAACAAAAACCAGUUUGUGAUUUCCCUAAAGAAGACUUUUUAAAAGAAAUAGUCAUAAAAGAUGGCAUUCCAGCUAGUGAAAAAAUAGAAUAUAAGACAAAAGAUACAUUAUAUUCACAAAAAUUUUGUACUGAUAACAUAGUUGAAAUCACAAAAGAGUUAACUAUAACAGAAAGCUUAUCUACUACUGAAAAAAUUCCAUUCAAGAAAUUAUCAGAGACAAAAAUAAUUUGCGAAGAGAUAUCAAAACAAGAAAUGUUUCAAUCGAAUCUGCCAAUUGAUCAAAUCAUUCAGCAAAAAAUUUUUGGCGACAUAAAAGAAUCGGAUAUGAUAAUGAAGUUACAGGAUGAUGAAAAAUUAAAAAAUAGCAUCAAAUAUCAUCUUUCUGAUUAUGACAAAGAAAUGACGAGUGCAAAAGUACCAGAAGAAAAAAUUUCAGAUGAACAAAGUAUUACAGAUGAUAAGAUUCUUGGGAAUGCUCGAAAAUCUGAAGAUGAAGAAGCAGAUAUAAUAGAUGAUAUUACACAGAAAGAAUCUACAGAAAAGCUAUUUCCUGAAUCAAAAUAUAUUACAGAUCAAACGACAACAGAAACAACAAAAAUAAUAAAAGAUAUAAAGAAUGCAUCCAUUGUUGAUAAAAGAAGUAAAGAAAAAAGUCCCGAACAAGAUGCAGAAAAUACUUUGAUAGAUGAAAAAUUAAAAGGCACUAUUUCAGAUGAAAGCAUCACUGAAUUAAAUGCUAAACAGGCAAAAUUGACAAAAACUCUUCUAAAUGAAACAAUGAAAGAACAAGUGCAAUCCUUGCAAGCUCCAGAUCUGAAAGGUACUUACAAUAAUGAAGUUCUUUCUGUUAAGGAUGAAUCAGAUAAAACAAAAUCUGAAGAGAAAACACUUCCAGAUGAUUUCAAUAAUUUAAAACAAAGAGAGAAUAUGUCUUUACAGAAAAUAAUUAAACUGGGAUUUUAUGUUAAGGAUACAGGAAAAAUAAUUAAUCCGUUAAAUAAAGAAGCCAUUACAUUGCAAGAAGCUAUUAAAUUAUCCAUUAUCAAUGAUAAGUUUACAUGUAGUUGGCAUCCAAGUGAACAAAUAUUAAUUAAUUUAGAAGAAUCUAUUCAGUUUCAAAUAAUUGAUGAAACCAGAGGAAUUUUUAGAGAUCCAGUUACAAAGGACGAAUUACCUUUAGAUGUAGCACUAAAAAAUGGUUAUAUAAUUGAUAUUGAUUUGCCUCUUAAUUUAAUUGAUGCAAUUAAUUUUGGAUUUUACAUAACAAAGUCUGGAAAUUUUAUUGAACCAAGAAGCAAUAAACCAAUUACUCUAGGAAAGGCUUUAGAGAACAACUUUAUUGACAGUGAAUCAGCUUUUGUAAAGGAUAUUGAUAAUCAAAAGUUUAUAACUCUUCUGGAAGCAAUUCAGAUUAAUAUAAUUGAUGAUAAACUUGGAUUAUACAAAAUAUUAUCCGAAGGUAUAAAUUUAUCACUUAAGCACGCUGUCGAUAAAGGUCUUAUAGUUUCAUUCAAAAAACCUAUUACUUUAGAUACUAUAAUAGAGAUGGGAUUUUUUAAUCCUGAUACUGGAAAAAUUGUGGAUCCAUUCAGUAAACAAAAUUAUAACAUUCAAGAAGCUAUAGAAGCUAAUCUGAUUGAUGGCAACAAUUCAAUAAUUGCUAAACCUGGAACAAAUAUUCAAUUAUCAUUAAUUGAAGCUAUACAACAAAAUAUUAUAAAUAUAAAUAAAGGUACUGUUAAAUUUCCAUCAGAAAAAGAAGUAUCGUUUCAAACUGCGCUCGAAUAUCAUUUUAUUCAAUCGUCUUUAACUAUUGUUACAAGAGAUCUGAAAAGACCUAUCAAUACACCGUAUGACGAGAAGGAAUAUACCCUUGAUGAAGCACUUAAUUUGAGCCAGUUUAAUCUACAAACUGCAGUUUUAAAAAAUCCCAGAAGUAAUAGCUAUAUGCCUGUUAAUGAAGCAAUUGAACACAAUUUGCUUAAAUUAAAUGACAAAGUGUGUAUUUAUCCUAGUUUAAAUAAUGUUUAUGGAAUAGUUCUUGAUAAUGAUAAAGUUAUUUACCCAAAGAAACCGAUGACCUUUAACAUAGCUCUAGAAAAUAAAUUACUGAAUCUUAUAAGUGGAGAAAUGACAGAUCCCUUGUCAAAUGAAACUAUUAAUUUGGAUGAAACUGUGAGAAGAGGUCAUGUUGAUUCGUAUAGUAUGGCUGUUAAAGAUACUAAAGAUAAAAUAAUUGUUGGAUUAUCGGAUGCUUUACAAAAUAAUCUGAUAGAUGGCGAGAAAGGAAUUGUACUAGAUACAAGUAAAAAUCAAAUGCUUACGUUAAUUGGAGCUAUUCAAGAAGAUAUAAUUAUUUAUGCUGGUAAACCUCUGUCAUUAUUAGAAGCGUUAGAUUAUGGUUUGUAUAAUGCCGACACAGGAAAAUUCAAGAAUCCUUUUACCUGCCAAAUGCAAAGUUUAAAAGAAUCUUUGAAAAAUGACCUAAUUGAUAUUAGUACAACAGUGAUCAAGAAUUCAAAAACUGGAGAAAUUCUGAGUGUAGAAAAGUCUUUGGAACUUGGAAUCAUCGACGAAGAAACCGGCUUUUUACACGAUCCUGAAAGCGGUACUCAAAUUACUCUCACAGAUCUUCUCAAGAAUGGUCAACUUAUUACUGCAGAAGCAAGGACUGUGAUAGAAGAAAAAUAUAGAACUCUUGAAGAAAAUAUAUCUGAAUUAAUCACCUGGGUUGAAGAAACUGAACUGCUUUUAGCAGAUUUGGGACUUCUUAAAGAAGACAUUGGACAUUUGAAACAACAGAUAAAUAUAUCAAAGACAAUAAAGAAUAAUUUGGAUGAUAACCAAAUUAACGUUACAACUUGCUUGGACCAAAUAAAUCAGUUAGUGCAACAAGGAAAGGAUAUUUUGAGCAAGGAUGAAAUACAACAACUGCAGAAAGAUGGAGAUAUUCUAAAAAAACGAUAUAAUAAUCUCUGCAAUGAAUGUGACAAAAUAAUUAGACGUUUAUCUACAGCAUUAGAAGAAUUACAGAAGUUUCAAGUAAUUACAAAUAUUUAUAUACUUAGAUUUAUUGAAGUAAUGACAAAAUGGACUGAGGUGCAAUGCAUUAUUAAAGAACGUCUAGAUUUUCUCCAACAUGUUAAAGAUUUCCAGGACUUAUAUACCACUUUGGUUAACUGGUUAUCUCAGAAAGAUAAAAUGUUUCAGGUUUUGGGUCCAAUAGCCACUGAACCUCGAAUGGUUACCUCUCAAACACAACAAGUGCAGGUUUUGCAAGAUGAAUUUAUUUCUCAACAAUCUGUUUUUGAACAAUUCAAGUGUACCGGAGAAUUAAUAAUAAGCAAAAUUGGUGAUAAUGUUACCAUUUCUAAGAAAAUUCAAGAACAGAUAACUACAACUUGUUCCCGUUGGGAAAAUUUACAAACACAAUUAACAGAAAGGCAAAAGAAUCUUGAUGCUGCUGGUGAUAUCACUAAAGAUUUUCAUACAAGAAUUAUUAAACUACAAGAAAGCUUGCAGAAAAUCAGUGAUGAUUUUGAUAUUACAGUUGAAGGUUCAGCUGAUACAGAAGAUCAAUUAAAGAAACUGAAUAAUCUUGAGGAUAGGUUAGAAAAUAUUCGACAUUCAUUAGCUGAUGUGGAAAGGGUUUGCGAACAACUUUGUGAAAUUCUAUGUGAUUCGGCUUCAAGAAAUGAAAUAAAAAAUAAACUAAAUAAUAUGGAAAAACAAUACACAACAAUAUUAAAGAAAAUAAAUAACCGUAAAGCUGAGUUGGAAGCUACUCUAAAAGAAGAUAAGAAAUUUUACACAUCUUGUGAUAAUAUUCAAAGAUGGUUAAAUGUAAAAGAUGAUAGUUUAUCAAGCGAAUUUCCUGUGUCUGCAGAGCAAAAAACUUUAAAACAACAAAUUCAGGAAUUUGAGCCUAUUUAUAAAGAAGUUUCAGAUAAAGAACACGAGGUGCAUUUAUUAGUCAGCAAAGGUACUGAAGUAAUUAGUAAAAUUUCACGAAAACCCGAGGCACUUCAGUUACGUGCAAAACUUGACGGAAUUAAGAGACAAUGGGAAAAGAUUCGUAAGAUAUCUACUGACAGGCAUACUAGACUGCAAAGAUGUUUUGAUAAUUGCAAGAAAUUCAUCUCUGCUUAUGAAUCAUUCAUUCCCUGGUUGGAAGGAAGUGAAAAGAAACUUUCUACAUUACAAAAUAUAAGUUUCCAACGAACUGAACUUGAUAAACAAAUCAGAGAAAUUCAAGCUUUCAAAAAUGAUAUUUCAAAACAUAGUCAAGAAUUUGAUAACAUUUGUAACUUAAGUGAUACUUUAGUUUCAAGUUGUGACAUAGAUAAAGAACCAAUGAAAGAUAAAAUAGCAUCUUUACGAAAAAGAUGGGAUAAACUCAACCAACAAAUUGCUAACAGAUCACAAAUAUUAGAUGUUGUGUCACAACGGUUAACUGAAUAUUAUGAUAAGUUACGUGAUAUUCAACACUCACUACAAAGAUUAGAUGAUAAACUCGCAUCUCACGAUGCCCUUGGAGAUGCAGCAAGAGAACCCCGUCAUUUAGAAAGAAUGAAGUCAUUCAUUGUGGAAGCUAACGACAUUCAAAAACAGAUUAAUAGCUUGAAAGAUUACGUCAAAAAACUUCUUGUGGAAGGAACAACAUCAUCUAAUAUUACUCAUAUAACUAAAGAAGUUGAAACUGUAGAAAAGCAUUAUCAGAGUACAAAUAAAAAACUUCAAACAAGAUUAAACGAUUUAGAAGCUGCUUCAGAAAUAUUAUUAAAAUUUACAAAUAAAGUGAAGACAAUACAAACACAAUUAAAUACUCUUGAAGAGUCUUUGGAUACCAUGGGUUCUAUUGGCAGAGAUGUAAAUACUGUUCGGGCUCAGUUUGAUGAGAUAAAGAAUUUUGCAAAACAAAUAAGUAAAACUAGAAUUGAAAUUAAUGAUACACAGAAAGUAAUAACUCAAGGAAAAUAUAAUAUAGAAGAAAAAGUAUACAAAGAUCAAAUAAGUAACAUUCAAAGGCAGCUUAAUAGAUUAGAUGACCGCAGUAAAGUUUACCAUACCGAUUUAGAAAAGACACUAAAAAGACUGGAACAAUUUUACAAGGAUUACUCUACUACUCUUAAGGAUCUAGAAAAUUUAAUAUCCGAAGAGAAAAAUUUCAAAUCGGUCGGUGGAGAUGUAGAAACUGUUCGUUCUCAGCAACAGCAGUUCAAGACUUUAUGCCAGAAAAAAAUAGAACCACUCAAGAAAAACAUUGAAGAAGUUAAUAAAAGUGGCCAAGGUUUGAUCCAAUCUGCCUCUUCUGGCAUCAAUACGACUGGUCUUGAACAAGAUUUAGAGAAAUUGAAUGAGAAAUGGAACACACUAAAUGAAAAAUUGAAUGAGAGAGAACGUCGAUUAGAUGUUGCUUUGAUACAAUCAGGAAAAUUCCAAGAAGCACUUGAUGGAGUUCAAAAGUGGAUCCAUGAUACAGAAGAAAUGGUUUGUAAUCAGAAAGCACCUUCAGCUGAUUAUAAAGUUGUUAAAGCUCAAGCCCAAGAACAGAAGUUUUUGAGAAAAUUACUUUUGGAUAGACAAAAUAGCAUUUGUUCUUUACAAACGAUGGGAUCUGAUAUUUUGGGACAGUCUCAAGAUACUGAUGUUAACCAACAACUAACCACAUUACUUCAGAAAUUUAAUACCUUAACUUCAAAAGCCCAAGAACGUAUGGAUUGUCUCGAUAACACCAUACCGGUUGCUCGAGACUUUCAAGAAAAAUUAACUGUUCUUACCGAAUGGAUAGAAAUAGUUGAAAAGAGAAUUGUGACAUUGUCAACUGUACCGACUGAUCAAGAUCGUCUUAAAAUUAAUAUUGUUGAACAUAAGAAUCUUGAAAAAGAAAUUAUUGAACACGAUAGAUUUUUUGAUGAACUGAAAAAUCUCUCAUUAAAAUUAAAAAAUCUUGUUGGAAUUGAUGAAGCUAACAAUGUGGAGGAACGUCUUAAAGAAGUGAUUGAAAGAUUUGAAAUGGUUAUCAAAGAUAAUAAAAUUAUAGGACAAAUAUUAACUGAUGUGUGUGAUGGUCUUGGAAAAUUUACUGUGAAAUACCAGAAAAUUAUAGCAUGGAUAGAGAAAAUGAAUACUCGUUUAUCCCAUUAUGAAAUUUUAAAUGUUUAUGUAGAUAAAUUACAAGAACAAUUGAAUGAACUUAAGAAAUUAAAAGAUGAUAUAAAUGAUCAUGAAGAUGAAGUUCAAGAUACAAUUAAUUCUGGAAGAGAUAUAAUGAAACAUGCUUCAGGUGAUGAUGCUAUCGAAAUGAAAGAAAAACUAGACACUCUUCAAAUAAAAUUUACUGAUUUGAUGAAUCGUGUAAAUGAUAAAUUGAAGCAAGCAGAAAAUGCCUUACCAUUAGUUGAAAAGUUCCAUUUUUCACAUGAUCAACUUACUAACUGGAUGGAAGAAGCUGAAAAACUUUUGAAAGGUUUGGAAACAACCAGUCUUUCUAUGCAAGAAACAACUAUAAAGAAUCUCGAAAGUGAAAUACAAGAGUAUCGCACAGUUUUGGAAACAGUUAAUCACAUCGGUUCCAAGUUAUGUCAAUUGUCACCUGGAAGUGAAGCCGCUACAAUAGAAAAUUUGGUUUCACAAAAUAACCGACGAUUUGAUGUCAUCUGUGAACAAGUACAGCGAAAAGGAGAAAGAAUUACAUUGUCAAAACAAAGAAACUUGGAAGUUGUUGGAGAUAUAGAGGAACUUCUAAAAUGGUUUGAAGAGGUUGAAAAACAGCUUAUUGAAUGUGAACCAUUAGUUCCUGAAUUAGAUACAUUAGUCACUUUAUUAAAAGAACAAAAGGUAAAUAAAUUAUGUUUUUAUUUAAUGAAUUGUUUCUUUUUUGUAGAAAUUGCUAACAGAUCACAAAUAUUAGAUGUUGUGUCACAACGGUUAACUGAAUAUUAUGAUAAGUUACGUGAUAUUCAACACUCACUACAAAGAUUAGAUGAUAAACUCGCAUCUCACGAUGCCCUUGGAGAUGCAGCAAGAGAACCCCGUCAUUUAGAAAGAAUGAAGUCAUUCAUUGUGGAAGCUAACGACAUUCAAAAACAGAUUAAUAGCUUGAAAGAUUACGUCAAAAAACUUCUUGUGGAAGGAACAACAUCAUCUAAUAUUACUCAUAUAACUAAAGAAGUUGAAACUGUAGAAAAGCAUUAUCAGAGUACAAAUAAAAAACUUCAAACAAGAUUAAACGAUUUAGAAGCUGCUUCAGAAAUAUUAUUAAAAUUUACAAAUAAAGUGAAGACAAUACAAACACAAUUAAAUACUCUUGAAGAGUCUUUGGAUACCAUGGGUUCUAUUGGCAGAGAUGUAAAUACUGUUCGGGCUCAGUUUGAUGAGAUAAAGAAUUUUGCAAAACAAAUAAGUAAAACUAGAAUUGAAAUUAAUGAUACACAGAAAGUAAUAACUCAAGGAAAAUAUAAUAUAGAAGAAAAAGUAUACAAAGAUCAAAUAAGUAACAUUCAAAGGCAGCUUAAUAGAUUAGAUGACCGCAGUAAAGUUUACCAUACCGAUUUAGAAAAGACACUAAAAAGACUGGAACAAUUUUACAAGGAUUACUCUACUACUCUUAAGGAUCUAGAAAAUUUAAUAUCCGAAGAGAAAAAUUUCAAAUCGGUCGGUGGAGAUGUAGAAACUGUUCGUUCUCAGCAACAGCAGUUCAAGACUUUAUGCCAGAAAAAAAUAGAACCACUCAAGAAAAACAUUGAAGAAGUUAAUAAAAGUGGCCAAGGUUUGAUCCAAUCUGCCUCUUCUGGCAUCAAUACGACUGGUCUUGAACAAGAUUUAGAGAAAUUGAAUGAGAAAUGGAACACACUAAAUGAAAAAUUGAAUGAGAGAGAACGUCGAUUAGAUGUUGCUUUGAUACAAUCAGGAAAAUUCCAAGAAGCACUUGAUGGAGUUCAAAAGUGGAUCCAUGAUACAGAAGAAAUGGUUUGUAAUCAGAAAGCACCUUCAGCUGAUUAUAAAGUUGUUAAAGCUCAAGCCCAAGAACAGAAGUUUUUGAGAAAAUUACUUUUGGAUAGACAAAAUAGCAUUUGUUCUUUACAAACGAUGGGAUCUGAUAUUUUGGGACAGUCUCAAGAUACUGAUGUUAACCAACAACUAACCACAUUACUUCAGAAAUUUAAUACCUUAACUUCAAAAGCCCAAGAACGUAUGGAUUGUCUCGAUAACACCAUACCGGUUGCUCGAGACUUUCAAGAAAAAUUAACUGUUCUUACCGAAUGGAUAGAAAUAGUUGAAAAGAGAAUUGUGACAUUGUCAACUGUACCGACUGAUCAAGAUCGUCUUAAAAUUAAUAUUGUUGAACAUAAGAAUCUUGAAAAAGAAAUUAUUGAACACGAUAGAUUUUUUGAUGAACUGAAAAAUCUCUCAUUAAAAUUAAAAAAUCUUGUUGGAAUUGAUGAAGCUAACAAUGUGGAGGAACGUCUUAAAGAAGUGAUUGAAAGAUUUGAAAUGGUUAUCAAAGAUAAUAAAAUUAUAGGACAAAUAUUAACUGAUGUGUGUGAUGGUCUUGGAAAAUUUACUGUGAAAUACCAGAAAAUUAUAGCAUGGAUAGAGAAAAUGAAUACUCGUUUAUCCCAUUAUGAAAUUUUAAAUGUUUAUGUAGAUAAAUUACAAGAACAAUUGAAUGAACUUAAGAAAUUAAAAGAUGAUAUAAAUGAUCAUGAAGAUGAAGUUCAAGAUACAAUUAAUUCUGGAAGAGAUAUAAUGAAACAUGCUUCAGGUGAUGAUGCUAUCGAAAUGAAAGAAAAACUAGACACUCUUCAAAUAAAAUUUACUGAUUUGAUGAAUCGUGUAAAUGAUAAAUUGAAGCAAGCAGAAAAUGCCUUACCAUUAGUUGAAAAGUUCCAUUUUUCACAUGAUCAACUUACUAACUGGAUGGAAGAAGCUGAAAAACUUUUGAAAGGUUUGGAAACAACCAGUCUUUCUAUGCAAGAAACAACUAUAAAGAAUCUCGAAAGUGAAAUACAAGAGUAUCGCACAGUUUUGGAAACAGUUAAUCACAUCGGUUCCAAGUUAUGUCAAUUGUCACCUGGAAGUGAAGCCGCUACAAUAGAAAAUUUGGUUUCACAAAAUAACCGACGAUUUGAUGUCAUCUGUGAACAAGUACAGCGAAAAGGAGAAAGAAUUACAUUGUCAAAACAAAGAAACUUGGAAGUUGUUGGAGAUAUAGAGGAACUUCUAAAAUGGUUUGAAGAGGUUGAAAAACAGCUUAUUGAAUGUGAACCAUUAGUUCCUGAAUUAGAUACAUUAGUCACUUUAUUAAAAGAACAAAAGAAUUUGAAUGAAGAAGUAAGCAGCCAGAAAGGAAGAGUGAAAGAUAUCCUUGCAACAGCAAAGAAACUGAUGAGAGAAUCGUCUACAGAUGAUCUAACAAUUAUAAGAGAUAAGGCAGAUAACUUAAAAGAAACAUGUGGUGUUGUAUCAACUCUAUGUUCAGAAAGGCUCAGUGCAUUAGAACAAGCAGUUCCUUUGGCUGAACAUUUCUUUGAAACGCAUGCAGAAUUAUCUCAAUGGAUGGAUGAAAUAGAAGCAGAAGCUGAAUUAUUAGAAGCUCCCAUAAUGAAUUCUAAUCAAAUAAAACGACAGCAAGAAAGAAAUAAAGUAUUAUUACAAUCAAUAAAUGAGCAUAAACCACUUGUAGACAAACUGAAUAAGACAGGGACCACAUUAAUGAAAUUAUGUAAAGAAGAAGAUAAUGCUAAAUUAACAGAAAUACUGGAUUCAGAUAACAGUCGCUACAAUGCACUGAAAAACAUUUUACGUAAUCAUCAAAAUACUCUUGAAGAAGCCCUACAAGCAACAUCACAAUUUUCAGAUAAACUGGAGGGAAUGUUAAAUGCCCUUAGCUCUACAGCAGAUCAAUUGUAUAAUGCUGAACCAAUUUCUGCAAUACCAGAUAGGAUUCAAGAGCAAAUAAAUGAUAAUAAAGCAGUUCUACAAGAUCUUGAUAAGCGAUCCACUGCAUUAGAAGCAGUUAAAAAAGCAGCUGAUGAUGUAAUUGUAAAAGCUGGUAAUACAGAUGAACCAGCCGUCCGAGACAUAAGGCAGAAAUUAGAUCGACUGAAUGGUUUGUGGGAAACAAUUCAGAAAGCAGCAAGGCAUCGUGGUAAAUCCUUAGAAGAUGCUUUAGCUGCUGCUGAAAGGUUUUGGGAAGAAUUGAAUGCUGUUAUGAAAGCUUUGAAAGAACUGCAAGAAAGUUUGAAUGCACAAGAACCUCCUGCAGUAGAACCAAGUGCCAUACAACAACAACAAGAAGUACUUCAAGAAAUAAAACAAGAAAUUGGUCAAACAAAACCAGAAGUUGACCAUUGCCGUCAAGCUGGACAAGAUUUGAUGCAAUUAUGUGGAGAACCAGAUAAACCAGAAGUGAAAAAACACAUUGAAGACUUAGAUUCAGCUUGGGAAAAUGUAACAACCUUAUAUGCUAAGAGAGAACAAAAUCUAAUUGAUGCAAUGGAAAAAGCAAUGAAUUUCCAUGAUACACUUCAAAAUCUGUUGGAAUUCUUGGAUACAGUGGAAGAUAAGUUUUCCAACUUAGGUCCUGUUGGAUCAGAUAUUGAUGCAGUGAAGGGACAAAUCGACUAUUUAAAAGAUUUUAAAAUGGAAGUGGAUCCGCAUAUGGUGGAAAUAGAAUCGCUGAAUCGUCAAGCCCAAGAAUUAAUGGAACGUACAUCGCCCGAUCAAGCGACUGCCAUUCGUGAACCAUUAGCUGAUAUAAAUCGUCGAUGGGAUGAUCUUCUGAAAGGAAUUGUAAAUCGACAGCGAGGGCUAGAAAAAGCAUUAUUGCAUUUGGGACAAUUCCAACAUGCAUUAGAUGAGUUAUUGAUUUGGAUGAGUAAAACAGAAAAAACUUUAGAUGAACUUCAACCUGUAUUUGGUGAUCCACAAGUAAUUGAAGUGGUGUUAGCUAAACUUAAGGUACUUACAAAUGACAUUCAAGCACAUCAAUCAAGUGUCAAUACUCUUAACCAUGCAGGUCGUCAACUUAUUGAAACAAAUAAGGGAAGUGAAGACGCUAAUAUAACUCAAAAUAAGUUAGGUGAUCUGAAUACAAGAUGGAAAAAUCUACAAGAUAGAGCAUCAAUCCGACAACGCGAAUUGGAGGAUGCUUUAAAAGAGGCUCAGGCAUUUAAUCAAGAAAUACAAGACCUCUUGCUAUGGUUAAGUGAAAUUGACAGCCAGUUAGCUACUUCUAAACCUGUUGGUGGUUUACCAGAAACAGCUAAGGAACAAUUAAAUCGUUUUAUGGAACUCUACAAUGACCUCGAUAGCAAUCGUCAUAAGGUUGAUUCUGUUUUACAACAAGGACAGAGAUAUUUAGAUCAAUUAAGUGAAGGUUCAACAAAUAAUUUGAGAAAUAAUCUCAAAAUAUUAAAACAACGAUCUGAUAGUGUUCUUAAUAAAGCCAAUGAUAGAAAAAUCAAAUUAGAAAUAGCUCUUAGAGAAGCUCUCGAAUUCCACGAAUCACUUCAAUCAUUUGUUGAUUGGUUAACCAAUGCUGAAAAAUAUUUAACAAAUUUAAAACCUGUUAGUCGCAUUAUGAAAGCGGUAAUGGAACAAAUUGAAGAUCACAAAACAUUCCAAAAAGAUGUAGGAUCUCAUAGAGAAAUAAUGGUGAAUCUUGACAAGAAAGGAACUCAUCUAAAAUAUUUCAGUCAAAAGCAAGAUGUAAUUUUAAUAAAAAAUUUGCUCAUUAGUGUCCAGCAUCGAUGGGAACGUGUAGUUUCUAAAGCAGCGGAACGAACGCGUGCCCUAGAUCAUGGUUACAAAGAGGCAAAAGAAUUUCAUGAUGCUUGGACUGAAAUCGUAAAAUGGUUGGAUGAGGCUGAAAGUACAUUAGAUUCUGCAAUGCAUAUUGGAAAUGACCCUCAAAAAAUCAAACAGCAGUUAUCAAAACAUAAAGAAUUCCAAAGAAUACUUGGAUCUAAACAAGGAUUGUACGAUAAUACUAUGAAAAUUGGUCGUACUCUAAAAGAGAAAUGCCCUAAAACUGAUGUGCCAAUUUUACAAGAUAUGAUGGAUGAACUGAAGAAAAGAUGGAAUAAAAUAUGCACAAAAUCUGUUGAUAGGCAAAGGAAGUUAGAAGAAGCUCUUUUGUUCUCGGGCCAAUUUAAAGAAGCAGUUCAAGCUCUAAUUGAUUGGUUAGAUAAGGCACAAAAUAUAUUAUCUGAAGAUAAAUCUUUAUAUGGUGAUUUGGAUACAGUUACUAGUCUAAUGGACCAGCACAAGAGCUUUCAAGAAGAAUUAAAGAGUAGAAACAAUAGUGUUGAAUCAGUACAAAAGACAGCUUCAGAUUUAAUGAAAACUGCAAAUGCAGAAGACAAAGAGAAUAUUAAUUAUCAACUUGAUAUUCUACAGAAAAAAUGGAUACUUGUUAAAGACCUUAAUGAUCAAAAGAAUAAGAUUUUACAAGAAGCUUUGGCACAAGCAGAAAAAUUAUAUAAAGCUGUUCACAUUUUAUUGGAAUGGCUUUCUGAAGCUGAGAUGAAAUUACGCUUCAUCGGCCCCUUACCGGAAGAUGAAGAAACAACUCUCAGGCAGAUUGCUGAACAUCAGAAAUUUUUGCAAGAAAUGAAUGAUUAUGAAAUCAUAAAAGAUGACACGUUAGACUUAGCUCAAACUAUUUUAAAGAAAUGUCAUCCUAAUGGUAUUUCAGUUAUAAGGCAUUGGAUAACAAUUAUUCAGUCACGUUGGGAAGAGGUGGUUGUAUGGGCUAAACAGAGAGAUCAAAGAUUACAAGAUCAUUUACAUUCACUGAAAAACAUUAUGCAACUUUUAGAAGACUUACUAGCCUGGCUAAUAUUAGCAGAAAAUAAUCUAAUAGCAUUGGAAGCUGAACCUUUGCCAGAUGAUCUCACAAUUAUAGAACAACUUAUAAAGGAUCAUAAGAUUUUUAUGGAUGAUAUGACGAAAAAACAGUCAGACGUAGAAAAAGUUACAAAAGCAUUUUCAAGUAAGCGACAACCCUCUCAACAAACUCAAAUACCUACACGAGAUAGAAUUGCUCGAGAUCGAGCUCAUAAAAUACCUUCUCCGGCAGUUCUGAAAACUUCCACUCCAUCAAAACAACUUGUUGAACCACAUAUCAAACACCCAAGAGCCAGAGAAUUAGUUGAAAAAUGGCGUAACGUAUGGCUGUUAGCUAUGGAACGACAACGCAGACUCCAAGACAAAUACAAUUACUUGAAGGAGUUAGAGAGAAUUAAAAACUUUGAUUUCAAUGAAUGGAGAAGAAGAUUCCUUGGAUGGAUGAAUAAUAAAAAAUCCAGGAUAAUGGAUCUUUUUAAGAAAAUAGAUAAAAACAAUGCUGGAAAAGUCACAAAAGAAGAAUUUAUUCAAGGCAUUUUGAAAUCAAAAUUUCCUACUAGUCGUCUAGAAAUGGAAAGAGUUGCAGAUAUAUUUGAUCGCAAUGGAGAUGGCUACGUUGAUCACAAUGAAUAUAUUGAAACGUUAAGGCCAGAAAGAGAGGGACGACCAAAGACAGAAGCGGAAAAGAUUCAAGAUGAAGUACAGAGACAAGUUGCCAAAUGUACAUGUGUACAUAGGUUCAAAGUUUAUCAGGUUGGAGAAGGAAAAUAUAGGUUUGGUGAUUCACAAAAAUUGAGAUUAGUUCGUAUACUACGAAGCACUGUUAUGGUCAGAGUUGGUGGGCCCAUCUCAAGUCAUUGGCGAAAACAACUUGUUGAACCACAUAUCAAACACCCAAGAGCCAGAGAAUUAGUUGAAAAAUGGCGUAACGUAUGGCUGUUAGCUAUGGAACGACAACGCAGACUCCAAGACAAAUACAAUUACUUGAAGGAGUUCCUUGGAUGGAUGAAUAAUAAAAAAUCCAGGAUAAUGGAUCUUUUUAAGAAAAUAGAUAAAAACAAUGCUGGAAAAGUCACAAAAGAAGAAUUUAUUCAAGGCAUUUUGAAAUCAAAAUGCUUUGACAGUUUUGCUUCUUCCUUCUUAUGUUUAAAAUUUUGCAUCAUCAUUCUUACCUUAAACCUACCACUUCAUCCUUAUUCACUUUCAGCCCCUUUUAUGCUAAUGAGAUGUAUACCGGUGAAAGGUUUGGGGCCGAUGUACUAUAGGCCGGUGCCGUCAGACGGGGGCUCAAGAAUUCCUGUCUUCCGAUGGGUGCGCGAGAGGAGCGAACGCAGCUCACCAAUGUGGCAGCAACGUGCUUCAGGCCCGGGCGACACCAGCAGCGACAUCAGCGGCCCCAGUUUCAGUGAAACAGACAGCUACGGUACCAAUAGGUCAUUUCACCUCACUCCACCGACCAUCGCACGCACAGCAGGAGGUAGCAGACCGUCCAGUCGGCCAUCCAGUCGGCCAUCCAGUCGGCCACCCAGUCGUGCGGGUAGCGACUUGUCGGCCGAAAGUCUGGAUACCAGGAAGAAAUCGUCCAGACAGCGUACACCCAGCAGUAGUAGUUCCUCGCAAAUGCCGGCCUUCAAAGGUUCCGGUACCCCGUCCCGGAUUCCGUCGGCCAGGUCCGAGAGCGGACGCGGAAGAAGCAAGCCAUAGUGUUUAAAAUAACUAAAAAACAAAACAAAUAAUAAUAAUCACGUGAUCGGUGGAAGUGUCGCCAUUAACAUUCCAGUCAACGGGUUGACUCGUCUUUCGCUUUUAAAUCGCUUUGUUUCCGAAUCUCAUUCGUUUAAACCUCUCGAUUUUACAACAGGAAGCUCAAAAAAAAUACACAGAAACUAAAAAUAAACAAUACAAUAUUAAUUUUUUUUUCCGAUGGGUGGCAAAAAAAUCUCGUUCCGACAUAUCGAUAGAGGUUGGGUUUAUGCAUCAAAAAUACCAGAAAAAAAUCAAAAAAUUCGUGUCCAGAUGUGCCUCGGUGUGCGUGUAUGUGUGUGCGUGUGCAUUUAACAUAAAAAAAUGAACAGUUGGGAAUACCUUAAACAUGCUUCAACAUGAUUAUUUUUUAAUUAUCAACUCCGUUAUAAACGUCAAACUGUGUUUCUUUUGUUAAUAUGUUCUGUGGCCGAUACCCGAAAAUUUAUUUUGAAUUUAUUUGGUAUAUUGACAUUCCUGUUUUAGUUUUACCCCGAUGCCAGGGAGGAAAAUACAUUUAUAUAUACAUACAUAUUAUAUAUAUAUAUAUUUUUUUUUUCUUUUGUCUUUGGCAAAUAAGGUGAAGGAGCCAACUUGUGAUUCAUACGUGUGCAUGAGGAUUCGCGCGUGAAGAUGAUUAAAAAAAAUAAUAAUAAUUUACGAGAUAUACAAAAACAACAUUGAUAAAAAAAGAGUGCUAUUUUGUUGAAUUGUUUGUAUUUAGAAGAUGUAUAAAACGAAAAAAAAACAAGAAUCCAUUAACACUUAUAUGUAUCUAAUGCUUUUUAUGUUUGCUGAUGAAUAAAUACAUAAUGUUUAGUAA